CGAGGCUUCCUGACUAGAAUAAACCGGGUUGGCAGCUGACGCAUCGGCUGCUUCCUAGUGGCCGGUUAGGUGGCGUUGUGUGAAACGAGUUAUUACCCAGUUUCCUUGCUUAUUUAUAAGAUUAUAUGCUAUGAUGAGAGCUUGAAAAUGAUCCAGAAAGACACGUUUGUGCAUCUUUUCGCCGGAGGGUGCGGUGGAACAGUUGGUGCCAUCGUGACCUGUCCCCUGGAGGUGCUGAAGACCCGGUUGCAGUCAUCUGGGAUCAGUCUCCGGCCUGUGUUUCAGGUUCAGCUAGGCACUCUGAGUGGAGCGGGUGUCCUUCGACCUGGUCCUGUUGCACCAAGUCUUCUCCAGGUGUUGCGAUCUAUUCUGGAGAAAGAAGGACCCAGGUCUUUAUUCAGAGGACUUGGGCCGAAUUUGGUUGGUGUAGCCCCCUCAAGAGCCAUUUAUUUUGCUGCCUACUCCAACUCAAGAGAGAAGUUCAACAGCAUCUUUGUGCCCAACAGCUGGGUGGUGCACAUGUCAUCCGCUGGUGUUGCAGCCUUUGUUACCAAUUCCCUGAUGAACCCUGUUUGGAUGGUCAAAACCCGAAUGCAGUUGGAAAUGAAGGCUCGAGGAGAGAAGAAGAUGAAUGCCCUGCAGUGUGCACGUUAUGUGUACAAGACCGAGGGCAUCCGUGGCUUCUACCGCGGACUGACUGCAUCUUAUGCAGGCAUCUCGGAGACUAUGAUCUGCUUCCUCAUCUACGAGACUCUGAAGAAGCAUAUAGUGAAUAGGCGCUUCACAGCCCCAAACAGCAGCACUGACAGGCCUAGUUCUGACUUUCUGGCACUCAUGGGGGCAGCUGCUUUCGCCAAGGGGUGUGCCUCUUGUAUAGCAUAUCCACAUGAGGUCAUCCGAACAAGACUCCGGGAAGAAGGUAGCAAAUACAAGUACUUCUUCCAGACUGCUCGGCUGGUGGCCAGGGAAGAGGGAUACACGGCAUUCUAUCGUGGGCUUGUCCCACAGCUUAUCAGACAGAUCCCCAACACGGCUAUUGUUCUUUCCACCUAUGAGGUAAUCAUUUACCUGCUAGGCCAGCCUCCCCAAUAAGGGGGCCCUGAUCCAGCUGCCACAGAGAUCUGUACACUGGAUGGGCAGGGCAGGACGAUCCUUGUGCUUCUGAGAGAUAUAAACUCCUGUGCUGGAAGAGAGGCUCCUGAGUUCCAUGUUGAAGAAAGAUGGACAGUUGCAGUGACGAGGUGUGGACAUGAGCAGACCUGUGUCCUGUUGCAUUUUCUGUCUAAAUCUGGAGGGGAAAAUAUGGUACUUUAAAAAAAUACGCAUAUGAAUAGCAAUAAUAAAAAAAAAAAAACGGACCUGAUAAGUUGUACUGUGAAGUUAUAAAUUAUUUAUUAUCAUUUUAUAAAUAAAUUUUUAAACAUCCAAAGAA